GUCUUGAAAGGAUCUAUGAAUAUCAACGUUACGACGGAUGGUUCAACAAUCUUGCAAAUCCUCACUGGGGUACUGUAGGAUCACGUUUGCACCGCGAUGCACCAAGCCGGUAUCAAGAUGGUGUCUAUAUGCUUAAUAGUAAUUUACCGUCCGCACGAGCUAUUUCAGAGUUAGUCUUCAAAGGUCCAUCUGGAAUACCAAACAAAAGAAAUAUCACCACUAUGCUUGUCUUUUUCAGCCAAGUAAUUGCAUACGAAAUUAUGCAAUCAAAUUUAGUUAGCUGCCCAUUAGAGAUGCAUAAAAUUCCGGUACCGCGCUGUGAUGCUGUCUUCGAUGCUCAGUGCAUGGGCAAAACGGAAAUUCCUUUUGUUCGUGCAAAAUAUGACAAGAGAACCGGACAUGGCUUUAACGCGCCGCGUGAACAAGUGAAUGAACGUACAAGCUGGAUUGAUGCGUCAUUUUUGUACAGUACCCAGGAACCAUGGGUAGCUGCACUUCGUGCUUGGCAUAAUGGUUCGUUGUUGGAAGGACCUAUGAAGGACUAUCCACCUCUAAAUGAUCCUCGUAUUCCGUUGAUCAAUCCUGCACCACCGCAGAUACAUCGAUUGAUGAAUCCGGAACGCCUUUUUAUGCUGGGUGAUCCUCGCAUCAACGAAAAUCCGGGUUUAUUAAGCCUAGGUUUAAUUUUAUAUCGAUGGCAUAAUAUACAAGCAAGGCGAAUUCAAGAAGAACAUCCAUAUUGGACUGAUGAAGAAGUAUUUCAGGGUGCUCGUCGAUGGGUGAUCGCAACGCUGCAGAAAAUAACUUUGUAUGAUUUUUUACCGAUUAUGUUAGCUGAUGAAAAGGCAGUUCCACCUUACGAGAAGUACAAGCCUCUUGUACCACCUGGCAUAUCGCAUGCUUUUGCCGCCGCUGCUUUCCGAUAUCCCCAUACAAUCGUACCGCCCGCUUUGUUACUUCGAAAACGAGCGAAUGGCAAAUGUGAAUUUCGUGAUGAAGUAGGCGGUUAUCCAGCACUAAGAUUAUGUCAGAACUGGUGGAAUGCUCAGGAUAUUGUGCAGGAAUAUUCGGUGGAUGAGAUAGUCCUUGGAAUGGCAUCGCAAAUUGCCGAAGGCGAAGAUAUCAUUGUUGUUGAAGACCUGAGAGAUUUUAUCUUUGGUCCAAUGCAUUUCACUCGUCUGGAUGUCGUUUCCAGUUCCAUUAUGCGUGGCCGUGAUAAUGGUCUGCCACCGUACAACGAACUACGACAAAGUUACAAUCUUCCGGUCAGAAACUGGGCAACAAUUAAUACUGUGAUGUACAAGAAAAGACCCGAGAUGUUUCAUGAACUGGAAAAAUUGUAUGAAGGUAACAUCUCAAAGCUUGAUGCUUACGUUGGUGGAAUGUUGGAAACAAAUGAUGAAGGCCCAGGAGAACUCUUCAGAGCAAUCAUUCUUAAUCAGUUUUUAAGACUGCGUGAUGGUGAUCGAUUUUGGUUCGAAAAUACUUGGAACGGGAUUUUCACUGAGGAGGAAAUUGAGCAGAUACGUUCAACAACGCUGCGUGAUAUUAUUCGGGAAACAACAUCUAUCGAUGAGCAUGAACUGCAGGAGAAUGUAUUUCUUUGGCACUCCGGUGACCCAUGCGGUCAACCGUUUCAAGUAAACAGCAGUGGUUUGGAACCAUGUGUACCAUUCAUGCGUUUCGAUCAUUUCACCGGCAAUGAAGUAACAUUUAUUUUUUCAUGCAUUGCGCUUGGCAUCAUUCCACUCAUUUCCAUCGGAAUUGGAUAUAUGCUGGUACAGAAGAGGAAGAAAUUGGGGGGUAAUAUGGAGCCAUGCCUUAAAAAACUCUUCUUAGAAAGUACCAAUUCGGGUAAUGCUAAAGCCGAACUUGCCAAAAAGAAUAGUGAGAAAGAAAAAUUGCAUUUGUCUGCCAUUGAAUGGAUUAGUAAAAAUUACUGCCGAUCGGUGAUUCUAAUUGUUGAUAUUACGCCACUGAUUCGACUGGAAAAACCACGUGGUGGUCUACUGCGAUGUCUCGAUUUUAGUGACGUCAAUUUCGUAAAUGUUAUCGUUUCUGAUCUGAAUAGUUCCACUUGUCCAUUCGUUAUGAUAUCCAUCCCAAGACACUAUGAUUUGGUUGUUCGUUUGAACAACGAAUGCCAGUGUGCUCAGUUCCUCUGUGUUCUUAGCAAUGUUUUGAACCGGACCGAUAAACAGUUGAUCAUUCGUCGGUGUCCGAAUAGCUACAUUGUCGAAACGGCUGAAACAAGUGAAAGACGGCAGGAGAAGUUGGAUCAUUUCUUCCGGGAAGCUUAUGCGAAGGCAUUCAACAUGUUGCAACUAUCAGGGAAUAUUAGCCAAGUAUUGCACGGAUCAGUCUUGGAAGAAGUCCUUGGCACUGAAGUUACUAAAGCAGAGAUGGCUGAUGCCCUGGGGAUGCGUGAAAACGAUUUAUUUGUUGAGAGGAUAUUUGCUUGCAUGGCAAAGGGAGAUACGAAUCACGUUACAUUCCUCAAAUUCCUGGAUGUUGUUGUCCGAUUUGUUCGAGGAUCUAUUCGAGAUAAGCUCAAACUCCUAUUCGAUAUGUGCGAUCGAGAAGGACAAGGAAGAGUGCACAAGAAGGAAUUCUGUGAUUUUGUUAAAUCAUUAAACGUAGCAGUUGGGGUGAAAAUUGAAGAAGCCAUGCAAGAUGGAAUAAUUGAUAGGGUGCUACAGCGAUCUGGAAUCAGCGUGGAUUCCAAAUUUUUGUCUUACAAAGAUUUUGAAGCUAUUUUCAAUGAUAUAGAUGACAUACGACAUCCGAUUGGAAUGCAUAUGCGUGGUGCCAAGUUAAAAUUCAAUCUGAAUGAGACAGAAAGUAUGAAUAGUUUUGCAAUACAAAGCGAAGAGAUUGGAUGUGUUCAUAUCAGCUGGCAUCUUUCCAUCAUAUCAUAUUUGGAAACUUAUCGACAGCACAUUGUUAUCAUUUUCUUUUUCGCUACUAUCAAUCUGUUACUGUUCUUUGAAAGAUUUUGGCAUUAUCGGUAUGAAACAGAGCACCGUGAUUUACGUCGUGUUAUGGGUAUGGGCAUAGCAAUUACGCGCGGUGCUGCAGCAUCUUUAUCUUUCUGUAUGGGGCUCAUUUUGAUUACAGUUUGUAAGAAUAUUAUUACGUUAUUACGUGAAACGCCACUUCGCGAAUACCUGCCUCUUGAUUCAGCGAUAGCAUUUCAUAAACUUGUAGCAAUAGUAGCUGGAUUCUGGGCUGCAGUACAUACUGUUGGACAUUGCAUCAAUUUCUAUCACGUGGCAACGCAGAGUCAGGAAGGCCUACAAUGCCUUUUCCAGGAAGCUGUUUUUGGCUCAAAUUUCUUGCCUUCAAUCAGUUACUGGCUAUACGGUACCACAACUGGAAUAACAGGAAUUCUACUGGUAGCUCUUAUGAGUAUCACUUAUGUAUUUUCAACACCAGCUAUCAUGAGAGAAGCAUAUCAUGCUUUUAAAAUCACUCAUCUUCUGAAUAUCCUAAUUUAUGCAAUCACUGUGCUUCAUGGACUUCCAAAACUUUUGGAUAGUCCCAAAUUUCUGUAUUAUAUAGCCGGUCCGAUUGCUCUUUUUGCAAUCGACCGUAUUAUUGGCAUGCGACAACAAUACAAAAGGUUACAAAUUCUGAACGGUGCAAUACUGCCCUCAGAUAUUAUUUACAUUCAGUUCAAGAGACCAAAUUCAUUCCGAUUUCGUUCUGGUCAGUGGGUGCGUAUCUCAUGUCCGGCAUUUUCAUGUACAUUUAAUGAACUUCAUGCUUUCUCCUUGGCCUCUGCACCGCAAGCAUCAACGCUUGAAUUGUAUAUCAAAGCGGUUGGUCCAUGGACUUGGAAUCUGCGGAACCAGAUCGCGUACGCACAUUCCAACGGGAUACCCUACCCAGUGCUUCAUUUACACGGACCAUACGGGGAUGGAAAUCAAGAUUGGCAUAAUUUCGAAGUUGCCGUGUUGAUAGGUGGCGGUAUUGGUGUAACUCCUUAUGCCUCUAUACUCACUGAUCUUGUUAUCGAAAAAAUGUCUGGUCGAUACACAAAUAUCAAAUGUGAAAAGGUUUAUUUCAUUUGGGUAUGCUCGACACAUAAGAAUUACGAGUGGUUCAUCGAGGUUUUACAUAGUGUAGAAGAACUGGACAAGGAAGAUUUGCUGGAAACACAUAUUUUUGUCACACAAUUCUUUCAUAAGUUUGACCUUCGAACCACAAUGCUUUACAUUUGUGAGAAACACUUCCGAAGUGAUAGCGGUGGUCGAAGUAUGUUUACAGGUCUUAAUGCCGUAAAUCAUUUCGGUCGUCCAAAUUUCGAGGCGCUCUUCAAAUUCAUACAAAACAAACAUAGAAACGUUCAAGAAGUUGGUGUAUUCAGUUGCGGCCCGAAUUCGAUCAACAAAGAAAUUCGAAAAGCAUGCAGAGAAGUAAAUAGGAUUCGAAGUGCAGCAUCAUUUUCCCACCGAUAUGAAACAUUCUGAUAAUAUAUUGAAAUGAAGAAAGUCACUUGUCAUGGAAGCAGUGAUAAUUUGCUCAUGCUCGAAAUUCAGUUUAGAAAUGUAAUUUCCUUUAACCCGAAUCUAUUGAUGGUUAUUUUUAAUUAGCUUGUUUUAAUGGGAGCGUUCAUGCAUACAUUUCAUCCAUUACUCAUUACUAGUUAUUCCAAAGAUUAACUCUUGUAUAUUUCGCACUUCUUGG